AUGAAAAUAAAUGAGUUUCGCGGGACUAGGCAGGGGCGGGGCGGGAGGGACGCGGCGGGGGCGGCGCGGGUGCGGGCCGCCGGCGCCGGCAGUCCGACGGCGAGCCCCGCGGCGAACGUACGCGCCAGUCGCGCAGUGAGCAGUGCAACCAGUGCCGUGUGUGCAUGUGUGAGUGCGGUGACCGGGCUGUGGCGGGCGGCAUGCGGGCCCGGCGCCCCGCGCCUGCGCCCCGCUGACCCGAUGCGCGCCCCAGGGCGCCGCGCGACGCUGCUGCUCGCACUCGCCCUCGCCUGCCUACUGCGCUGUGCGGCGGGGGCGGGCGUGUUCGAGCUGCAGAUUCUUGAGUUCUCAAACUACCGGCUGGAGCUGGCGUCGGGGGCGUGCUGCGGCGGAGCGCUAGCGGGCGCGGGAGCGGGAGCGGGCGCGGGGGUGGGGGCGGGGGCGAGUGCGGUGACGGCGUGCGCGCACCCCUGCCGCACGCGCUUCGAACUCUGUCUGAAGGAGUACCAGUCGGCGGCGGCGCCGGGCGCCUGCUCGUUCGGGCGCGCCUCCUCCCCCGUGCUGGGCACCGACUCCUUCACGCUGGCCGACCCCCUCUACACGCUCGCGCUCAACUUCUCCUUCCGCUGGACGCGCUCAUUUACGUUAAUACUGCAAGCCUACGACGAUAGUGAUUACCCUGACCCUGAAGCGGGUCUGAUAGAGGAGGCGUGGUGGUCCGGCAUCGUGGAGCCGGGCGCGGAGUGGCACGCGCUGCGUCACGCGGGCGCGGCGGCGGCGGUGGCGUACCGCGUGCGCGUGGUGUGCCUGCCCAACUACCACAACGCGACCUGCACCACGUUCUGCCGCCCGCGCGACGACAAGUUCGGACACUACGCCUGCUCCGCGCUCGGCGACAAGCAGUGCCUGCCCGGCUGGCAGGGCGACAACUGCGAAAAACCUGUAUGCAAAGAAGGAUGCCAUCCUACUCAUGGCCGAUGCGACAACCCUGGUGAAUGCAUAUGCAGGCCAGGGUGGCGCGGCGAUCUGUGUUCCCAGUGCCAGCCGUACCCGGGGUGCAAGCACGGCUACUGCAACGGAACUUCUUGGGACUGUACCUGUGAUACAAAUUGGGGUGGAAUUUUAUGUGACCAAGAUCUCAAUUACUGCGGCACGCACGAGCCGUGUCAGCACGGCGGCACGUGCGAGAACACGGCGCCGGACCAGUACCUGUGCACGUGCGCGGAGGGCUUCUCGGGCGUGGACUGCGAGCGCGUGGACAACCCGUGCGCGCCGCAGCCCUGCGCGCACGGCGCCUGCGCGCUCUCCGCCGCCGCCGCGCCGCAAGGGUUCCUGUGCGCCUGCGACGCGGGCUGGACGGGCGCGCUCUGCGACGCCGACGUCGACGACUGCGCCAGCGCGCCCUGCCGCAACGGGGGCCAGUGCCGGGACCGCGUGCACUCCUUCUCCUGCGACUGCGCGCAAGGCUGGACCGGACCCACCUGCUCCGACGACGUGGACGAAUGCUCGUCGAGCGGGGCGACGGAGGGCGCGCUGGGUCCGUGCGUGAACGCGGCCGCGUGCAACAACACGCUGGGCGGGUACUCGUGCGCCUGCAUCGCGGGCUGGACGGGCCGCGACUGCGAGACCAACGUGGACGACUGCACCGGCCAGUGCCUCAACGGCGCCACCUGCAUCGAUCUCGUGGACGACUUCCACUGCGCCUGCGCCGCCGGCUACGCGGGCCGCACCUGCGCGCGCGACGUCGACGACUGCGCGCCGCGCCCCUGCCGCAACGGCGGCGAAUGCGUCGAUCUCCUGGACGCCUACCGCUGCAUCUGUCCUGUAGGCUUCUCCGGCACCGAUUGCGAAGAUGACCGCGACCACUGCGCGGAGUCGCCGUGCGGCAACGGCGCGGCGUGCUACACGGCGCAGAGUGACUACUACUGCCACUGCGCGCCCGGCUGGACAGGCAAGAACUGCACGCAGCGAGCCGCCAGGGAACGGGUGGAGGAGUGUGGAUCGGGCGGGUGCGGCGUGGGCGGGUCGUGUGUGGAGGGGGGCGUGGGAGGCGGCAAGCGCUGCGCCUGCGCCGCCGGAUGGACCGGCCUGCGCUGCGACCGAGAAAUCGACGAAUGUGCAACUAAUCCGUGUCGCAACAACGCUACCUGCGUCGACGGCCCCGCGGAUUUCGCCUGCGCAUGUCUCGAGGGAUGGACAGGGAAGACAUGCUCCGUUAGAAUAGAACAAGACAGAUGCCCGGAAGGCACGUGCGCGAACGGCGGGAGCUGCGUGCGCGAAGCGGGCAGCUGGCGGUGUGUAUGCCCGGCGGGGUGGGGCGGCGCGGCGUGCGACGCGGCGGCCACGGCGGUGGCGGCGGCCGCGUGUCCCUGCGUGCGCGGCGCGUGCGUGGAGGGCGCGGGGGGCUGGGCGUGCGCGUGUCACGCGGGAUGGACCGGCGCGCGCUGCGACACUCCUGCCUCCGUACACGCCCCCCCUCACGCCGACGCCUGCGCCUCCGAGCCCUGCGCGCACGGCCGCUGCGUGAGCGGCGCGGGCUGGUGGGCCUGCGAGUGCGCACCGGGCUGGGGGGGCGACGCCUGCACCGAGCGCACCGGGACCGGGGCUGGGACCGGGGCCGGGACCGGGGCCGGGACCGGGGCCGACUGCCAGCCCGCCUGCCCGCCGCCCGCCACCUGCGUCGGCGACGCCGACAGGGGCGCGCGCUGCGUCUGCCCGUUGCCGCCCGCGAGGUCCUCGCGCCGUUGUCUCGAACUUCUCGCCGGUCUCGGCGUGGAGACCGUAGAGGCGGCGGGCGGGCCGGACGCGUGCGGCGCGGACAACGGCACGUGGUGGUGGGGCUGCAACGCGUGCUGGUGCGCCGCGCGCGCGCCCGUCUGCACCCGCCUGUGGUGCGGCCUGCCCGACUGCCUCGCGCCCAGCGCCAUGCCCUGCCGCACCGACGAGGUGUGCGUGCCGGCGGCAUCGGCGCUGUGCCUGCGCGGGCCGUGCGCGCCGCUGGGCGAGUGCCGGCGCGUGUGGGGGCGGCGCGUGGAGCCCCCCGCGCUGCCCGCGCCCGCCGCGUGCUGGCCCGGCGCGCGCGCCCCGCCCCCGCCCGGCUGCGCGCGCGCCGCGCUCACGCUGGCCCGCGAGCGGCUCGCCCGCGGCGCGCACGUGGAGCGGGCCUGCGGGGCGCUGCGCCGCGCGCUCGCCGCCACGCUCGCGGCGAGGGAACCCCCCGCGCCCCCGCUCGUUCUACUGUGCGAUCUCGCCGCGGACGAUGACGACGCGUUAGAUUUAGCAUUGUGGGUCGGUGACGAAGACGGCACCGACGGUGACACGGAUGCGGGAGCGCUGGGCGCGGCGGUGCGAGCGCUGAGCGAGCUGGUGUCGCGGCGGCGGCUCGCGCACCACCCGCUGCUGGGCGCCGCGCUGCGCCUGCGCCUCGCCCGCGCCGGCCCCACGCCCGCGCCGCCCCAGCCCGCCACCGCCUCCUCCCCGCCGGCGGGGCUGCUGGCGCUGGCGGCGGUGGUUCCCCUGCUGCUGCUCGCGACGGCGGCGGGCGCCACGCUGCUGAUACGGCGGCGCCGGGCGGCGGCGGCGGCGGCGGAGCGCUCGCGCCGCUGCGACGAGGAGAAGUCGAACAACCUGCAGAACGAGGAGAACCUGCGCCGCUACGCGAACCCGCUGCCCCGGCGCGCGGCCGCGGACGAGCUGCCGCGCGCGCACACCUUAUACAAGGCGCAGAACGCGGACGCGCGCAACGACACGCCGCCGCGCGACAAGGAGCUCACCAAGCGCGCGCUGCCGCCGCCCGACCCGCCGCCCGUGCGGCACCCGCCGCCCGAGCGACUCACCGUGCUCGUGUGAUCCGAGCGACUCACCGCGCUCGUGUGAUCCGAGCGACUCACCGUGCUCGUGUGAUCCGAGCCGAGCCGCUCGCGCCCGCGUGUGAUACUAGUGUAACCCCGCCUCGCCCUCCCCGCCCUCCCCGCCUCGGACGAUACGUUACGCACUAUUUAUUAUGUUGGAACGAUGCUCCGUUUUGUAAAUAUGUAUUUUUGUAAAUAAUGUUAUAAAAGAGUGUAUUUUUGUAUGUUUUUUGAAAGAUUAUUUUUGGGACGCGAUUUGUACUUUUUUUGUAAAGGUUGAUGAAAAGUUGAAUGUGAAUAAAAAGAAAUAAAUAAAAGAACGUUUUAAUAAAACGCUGCGAAGUUA